GUGAAGUAGUAGUAUCGGUUUAUCAAAAAAAAAAGAUAGUGCAAUUAAACUAUGACGCGUGAAAACUCGUGAUAAACAUCAGCCGUAACCGUAACUGUUUGAGUUCCGUUUUGUUUUGUGUCAUUUGUGUUAUCGGAUUAGCGGCACAUUGAGGACGCUUAGAUUGCGCAUAUCGACGAAGCUGUGCUGCAGACGCAUGGUUUUAUCAAUCAUCAUAAAGCUUUCGCACCUUACAGUCGGAUAGUCCUCAUCACAAAGAAUGGAGAAAGUGUGCAAUUUUAUCAUUGUUACAUGCCUAGCCAUAACCAUUACCUUUGUUUGCGGUAAUGAUGAUGAUAACCCGCUUAGAGACAUUGUUGGCAUCCCUCUACGGAAACCGUUAGCCACAUGGCGCCGAUAUCUGUACCCGCCAGCCGACAGCUAUCAAUACAAUGCAGCAGACGAGAGCAACGAUUAUUCCAAUGGACUGGCAUAUGCGGAUAUUGACUCCCCGGACACGGCCCAAGACUUACAAGCUAUCGAUUCUAAGCUCAAACGUUCUCGUCCGCGGCAACCGAUUUGCGAAGCGCUUGUCAAUAUCGUAUAUGUGGGGAACAACUCGGAUGGUUACCAGUAUCGACCCGAUCAUUACGUGACCGAAUCAUGCUUGAACUCUUACAAUACAUACCAAAAUAAGUGUGUGGAGACGGGACUAUCGUGUACUCAGAUUAGGCAGAAAAUGUUCAUCACUAGGCGAAAAGUGGGCAACGACGACGCCAAGGCGAUAAACUGCUGGGAACAUGUCCGGAUGGAGGAGUACGAUGCUGGUUGCGAAUGCAUGUGGCCAAAGGAGCACUACGGCGAUAAACAUUCCUAUCGUAAUGGAAAAUAAGGAUCGGUUGGGGCAACUACCCAUUCCUCAAUUGCGAAGCUGUAAGUUCGCACAACGUGAAUCGGGUUUAGAAAGAACAAUAAAUAUCAAGCGGAACCGAUGGAAAACAAAUUAGAAUUCGAUCAGAUACAUGAUUAAUGUAUAAAAUGAGCCCUUUUAUGUAUUUAUAAUAUUUAUUACUAGUGUUUUAGGAUCGACAAUAUUGACUGGUGAUUAGAUUACUAACUUAUUGUACAUUGUAAUCAAUAUGUUGUUCAGUAUUAUAUUUAUUUUUAGAAUAGUAGAACUGCUUCCGACUUAAUGUUAACAUCACACACAUAAAUUAUUAAAAAUGCAUAAAUACAUUAAAAUUUCGACAAAAA